AUGUCAACUUUAACGAGACAAUCAAUUCCUCAUUAUAUUCAACAAAAUACAUCAGCACCAAAAAUAUCAACGACGAAUACAAGUACAACGGCUUCUAAAUCAUCGAAAUCACCUCGUCUAUUUAGACGAAGUAAUAGUGUUCCAUUGCCACCUUCGUCUUCGUCCAAAAACUCGACUCCUUUUCUGUUUCCCUACCGAAAUAAUACUUUUCCAAAGUCUCAUAAUAAUCACUCGAUCAAUACAACUCGGUUAUCGUCAUCAUCAGAUCGAUCGGAAGAAGACGCUUCAGACUCAAAAAAUGCAGCCUUUCUUCCGUUUGGACCAAAAUAUCCUGAUUUCUCGAUAAAGACUCAGUGCCCACACUGUAAUAAAUAUGUGCGGACUAUUGUGCAACACGAGAAUGGCACCUGUGUUUAUGUGUUGGCGUCUGGUUUGUUUUUAACGACGGUUGUUCUUUUUUGGGUGCCAUUUUUUGUGGAUGCUGUAAAAGAUGUUAAACAUAGUUGUCCAAAUUGUCAAAAUUACUUGGGAACAAGACAUCGUCUAAAAAUCAUUUCAUAA